GUAUAUAAUAAUGCAAUCGAGAUUCGAGACCACAUUUACUGUAAUUUAUUUACAAACUUAAUUUGACUGAUCUACAAAAGAAUUCACUGGAACAGCAAGACCCAGCAAUUCAACAUGAGUGAAGCUAAAAAGCUGCAUGUUGCUCUGUUUCCGUGGCUAGCAUUUGGUCAUAUGAUCCCAUUCUUUGAGCUGGCCAAGCUCAUAGCUCAAAGGGGUCAUAAAAUCUCCUUUCUCUCCACACCUAGAAACAUCCAACGUUUGCCAAAAAUUCCUCCAAAUCUAGCACCUCUUAUCAAUUUAGUGAGCCUCCCUUUACCCACAGUUGAACAUCUCCCACAGAAUGCAGAGGCCACCACUGAUAUACCUUCCCACAAAACUCCAUACCUCAAGAUUGCCUUUGACGGCCUCCAAGGCCCUCUGCAUCAGUUUUUCCAAACUUCUACUCCAGAUUGGAUCAUCUACGACUUUGCUCCGCACUGGUUACCUCCCAUUUUGGCCAAUCUUGGGAUCUCCGGUGUCUUCUUCAGUAUGUACGGUGCAUGGACUCUAUCUUUCCUUGGAUCAUCAACGUCAGCCAUGAUUAACCGUGAGGAUUCACGGACUCGACCAGAGGAUUUCACUGUGCCUCCUGAGUGGAUCCCUUUUCCUUCCAAGAUCGCAUUUGGGCUCCAUGAGGCAAAGCGAGCUUUCGGUGAUCACAUAGAGGUAAACAAUUCGGGUUUCUCCGAUGUGUUUCGUUUAGGUUCGGUAAUUGGAGGUUGUAAUGUCAUAGCUAUAAGGAACUGCAAUGAGCUAGAAAGUAACUUUUCCAGGCUUGUUGGGGAGCUUCACUGCAAGCCUGUAGUUCCAAUAGGUUUAUUGCCGCCUGCAGAUUUUGAUGGCAGCAGUGACCAAGAUGAUAUGUGGCUUACAAUCAAAGAAUGGCUAGACAAGCAAAAUAAAGGUUCUGUGGUUUACAUAGCAUUUGGAAGCGAGUCGGAACUGAGUCAACCCGAACUACACGAGUUGGCACUUGGGUUGGAGUUAUCAGGGUUGCCAUUCUUUUGGGCUCAUAGAAAGCGAGAAAACUCGGUCAAGUUACCUGAUGGGUUUGAGGAGCGAGUCAAGGGACGUGGAACGGUGUGGACGAGUUGGGUACCUCAACUCAAAAUUAUGGGUCAUGAAUCAGUGGGAGGCUUUUUGACUCACUGUGGUUACUCUUCAAUUAUAGAGGCACUUUACUUUGAACUUCCUUUGAUUAUGAUGCCAAUCUCUAUAGACCAAGGGCUAAUUGCAAGAUUUUUUGGAGAGAAGAUGGUGGGUAUAGAGAUAACAAAAGAUGAGAAAGAUGGAUCUUUAAGGAGGGAAUCGGUUGCUGAGUCGCUGAGGUUGAUUAUGGUUGAAAAGGAAGGAAGAGGCUAUAGAGACAAAGCAAAGGAAAUGAAGAAAUUAAUUGCAGAUAAAGAUAUGCACGAUCGAUACGUAGACCAUUUUGUUGAGUUUAUGCAAAAUCACCGAGUUGCUUGAAGGCGGUAACUCGACAUAUUAUUUACAAAUGUAUGCACCAUUAAUUGGCUCAUUAAUUGUAUAAGUAUGUUUGGAUUGUUUGUUGGGGUAGCGCAGGGGCAGAUUUUAUGUUUAGCGUUUGUUGUUUAAGGUUCUGUUGCUAUUGUUGUUUCUGCUGAUCUUGUAUCUAUAUUUUCUGAAAUUUAGUUGCUGCCUCUUCUUAAUAAAAGUUUACUCCAUUUCCAAAA